UUUCAACAGUGUUUUACUUGACCCGAUAACAAAUAAUAAUAAAAUACUCAAACAAAAUAAAAAGCUUUACCCAUUUUUAAAAAAUAUUUUCUCUAUUUCUCUUCACUACCAUUUUGAAACCCUAAAAUUCUCAUCUGGAUUUUGAAUUCCCAUCUAUCAAUUUUCUCGGAAUCCAUGUCCCAAUCUUGAAUAUUUUUAAUUUUUAUUAUUAUUAUUAUUUUUUUUGGGUUUCGAUUAUGGUAACACUAAACAGUUCGAUCAGUUCUUGGCUUCGUCACUUCCUCGCUUACAUGGGGAAAGGAAAAAGGAAAAUAAAAUGUUGAUGACUACUGCAUUUACUGGUUUAAGUGCUGACACUUACUGAUUUGGCCUUAAUUCUGUACUAUCUUGGUUGCUGCUAUUUAUUAUAUAUGUGGUUUAACUUGGUUUAUAACAGAACAGUGGUUGUUUUGGAUGCUGCACUAAACCCACGCCAAUUAUUGCUGUUGAUGAGCCCUCAAAGGGACUAAAAAUUCAAGGGCGAAUGGUGAGAAAACCUAGCAUAUCAGAUGAUUUUUGGAGUACCAGCACAUGUGAUCUGGAGAACAGCACUGUUCAAUCUCAAAGAAGCAUAUCAUCUAUCAGCACGUUAAACCAGGCCCUCAGUUUUGGCAGUGGCAGUGCUAGCAUGAACAGCCAGUCUGACUUUGUAAAUCAUGGUCUUCUUCUCUGGAAUCAAACCAGGCUUCAAUGGAUUGGAAGUAGCAGGCCUAGGAAUCAAACUCAACAAAGUCAGGAACCCAGAUUAAGUUGGAAUGCGUCUUACGAAAAUUUGCUUGGGACCAAACAGCCUUUCCCCCACCCUAUGCCUCUUUCUGAAAUGGUAGAAUUUCUAGUGGAGGUCUGGGAGCAGGAAGGGCUGUAUGAUUGAGGAAGUAUAUCAUACCAAGAUCCCACUGUGUCCUUUUUAACUCUUAAAGAGUCUUUUGUGUAUAGUUGGGGGCAAAGGAGGAAGAAAAAGAAUGAGCAAAUUUGUCUAUCUCAAUUGUAAUACUACACACUAAUGACAAUCCUUUUUUUUUUUUUUCUUUUUCUUUUUUAAUCUAUUUCCAUUUUCUCCUGUACAUGACCCUCUACUAUAUUCAAACCGAAUACAGAUGCAAAUAUGUAGAUAACACUGAACUUGAUGUUUUCUUUUCUUUUCCUUUCCA